ACGCAUUAAUUCCAUCCUUAAGAGAAGUGUCGUAUGCAAGUGGUCGGGUGAAGCAGGGUGGAAGGAAGACAGUAUCACAGGAAAUUACCAUCACUUCUUACCUAGUUCAGAUGUACAGCAUUUAGGGGUGAUUUCAGCGCAUCAUUACAUCACAUCACAGAGACCUAAGAGUCAACAGACAUGUACGUAAGUGCAAACUUCACGCAGACCAUAGAAAAUGCCUUCAAGAAAGUCUUUGAAAAUUACAUGAACAGCGUGAAGAACAAUCAGUCAAUAGCUGCAAAACAGCUUAAGAACACAUUGGAGGAAGAGAACUUCAACUUCGUCAUCCUCUACCUAAUGGUGAUGAUCGGCAUGUUCUCCUUCAUUAUUGUGGCCAUCCUGGUGAGCACCACCAGGUCAAAGAGGCACAAAACCACAGAUGAGCUUGAUCCCUACAGCAGAUAUAUUGAAACUGACUUCAAUAAAAAGGGUGUUGGAGUGACACUGGAAAACCCGGCUGCCAGGUCUUACUCCGCUCCACUCUCUCCAUAGGCAAUGGCUAGACAGAUCAGAAGAAUCCAAAUAAUCCUGGCAACAAACAGAUGUGGUUAGAUGUCAAUCGCAGUUUGUUAAAGUGCAUCCAACCCCUAACUGGAAGACAUUGUGUAUGAUAAUCAUCAUAAAUAAUUUCCAUGUUCA